AUGGAAGAAUCAAAACCAGUGGAUGUACCUGGCGCCAAAGGCGAGGAUGCCCAAACGGACAGCGAGGCUGCUUUCACUCCCGACCACACCGAGACACAAUCCGCCCUCAGCGGUUCUCCUCCCGACCACGAUGGUCUCCAUACCCCGACCCUUGGUCCUGUGAACUCGGGGAGCCCCAAGCUUUCGAGACACGGGUCCUUCUCCGGCAGCAGUUCCUACCAGGAGGACUGGGACGUUUUCCCGCCCCUCGACCGCAUCUCUGUACUCGAUCUUCUCGACAACUUUGCUCUCCCACAGCAGCUGGAGAAGUUGCAAAAAGGCUUCUCUGCCCAGACGCAAAAGGUCCGCAAGUCCAGGGAUGCAUUUAAGAACAAGAGCCAGCACGCGCGUGAGCGCAUGGUCGACGAGUGGCGGAGACGCGUCCCUACCGCCGACGAGCAGUUAGAAAGAUACAGGAAGCGGAUGCGCACCAGCGUCGACAAGCUGGGAAAGCAAUGGAACGACACCAGGGUGGUCACGAUGCGUGAGAAGGUCUCAUUCAUCUUUGGCGUCAUGAAUAUCUUCGUCAGUGGUCUUCUCAUGGGCGGAUGGCCCGAGUACUUUCACUUGUGGUACACCGUCCAAGUGCUGUACUUCAUGCCUAUUCGAUACUUCACCUACCAUCGCCGGGGAUACCACUACUUCCUCGCCGAUCUUUGCUACUUCGUCAACCUGCUCCUCGUUCUCAGCAUUUGGAUCUUCCCUGGCUCGAGACGACUUUUCCUAGCCACCUACUGUCUCGCAUUCGGCAAUAACGCUGUAGCGAUCAUCAUGUGGAGGAAUUCGCUCGUCUUCCACAGUUUCGACAAGGUCACUUCAUUAUUUAUACAUAUCAUGCCUUGCGCAACGCUCCACUGCAUAGUCCACCUGUGGCCAGCAGAUCUCCAGGCCAGUCGUCUACCUGCCAUCUGGGCUCUGAAACACUCCCCUGCUGGCUCAAGUGGAGGCUACGGAAAUAUCGUCUCUAUGCUUGCCUGGAGCUCUGUUCCCUACGCUAUCUGGCAGCUUUCCUACUACUUCUUCAUUACUGUUCGUCGGCGUGACAAGAUUGCUGCCGGUCGGCCGACAUCCUUCACUUGGCUGCGCAAGUCAUACUCCAAGACUUGGAUCGGGAAAGUCGUUCUCUCUUUGCCAGACGCCCUGCAAGAAUCUGCCUUCAUGCUGAUCCAGUACUCGUACGCGGUACUCACCAUGCUUCCCUGCCCCCUGUGGUUUAUGAGCAGGUAUGCCUCGGCGGCAUUCCUCUCCAUCGUCUUCACCUGGAGCGUGUACAAUGGAGCAACCUACUACAUCGACGUCUUUGGUACACGUUUUCAAAAGGAGCUCGAAGCACUGAGGGCCGAGGUCAAACAGUGGCAGAACACACCCGAAAUGGGCGGCCAGUCGCCCCUGAUGACGCCGAAUCCCGAAGGGUCCGCGCCGAGCGAGCUGCACCUCACAAACAGCCAAGACGGAGCAAGUGGCAACCUCAACUCGGCUUACAAGCACGAGAACACGGUCAUGGAAGAAAGCAUAAAGGCCGGUGCGCAGUCCGAUCGGAUUCCGCUGCUGAGCGAAGAGCUCUCGGCCCAGGGGGUAGCCAGUGGGAUUGAUGGGGGUGCUAGAGACGUGGCCAAGGAGAGAAAGGCAGCAGGGGCAUCUUGA